AUGGCGCAAUCAAAUAUUAACGUCCUGCUCUCGUCAUUCCCUGGACUCUCGCUCCCAUCUACCCUCUCAUUCGCACUUCCCUCCACAGCGAGCGUGUCAGAUCUGACGGACAAAGUCGCCUCAUACCUGCCGACCUCGCUUUCUCUCGAACGUCUCAUUCUUACAACCACCAACAACAAGCAAAUUUUCGCCUCUCCUGCUCCUCUCCAGUCUUUAAUCACUCGCGACAAUGAUUCCGCCACUACUCUGCUUCCCAUCCGCCUCUCGGCGCCGCUCUGUGGUGGUAAGGGUGGUUUCGGAUCGCAACUUCGUGCCGCGGGUGGGCGCAUGGCCAGUAAGCGCAAGCGCAACCAGGGCGACAACAACGGCUCUAGCCGUAACCUCGAUGGCCGCCGUUUGCGCACUGUCAAUGAGGCCAAGGCACUUGCCGAGUACCUCGCGGUCAAGCCGGAAAUGGAUAAGCAAGAGAAGGAAGAGCGCCGCCGCCGGUGGCAGGCUGUGGUAGAGAUGGCCGAGAAGCGCCAGGAUGAGAUCAAGAAUGGUGGUGGAAAGCAAAAGAUCGAUGGUCAAUGGAUGGACGACAAGGAGGAGAUGAAUGAAAAGGCACGCGAGGCAGUUCUUCUUGCAAUGAAGGACGGCGCAUGGACGGACAACCUACGUGAUGCGAUUCUGGGCGGAUCUAGCACCAGUGCUAGCGAGGGUAGCGAUCAUGGAACCUCAUCCGGCUCUGAGGAUGAGGACGAGGAGGAAAAAAACAAUGGCGAAUCUUCAGGUUCUGCGGCGGCCUCCACAUCGGUACAGAAGCCGGCACCUCGUCGUUUCAUCGGGUUUGAUGAUGACGACGAGUUCAUGAGUGAUUCCGAGGAGGAGGCAGAGGAAAACGACCCCAAGGGCAAGGGUAAAGCCCGCGCUUGA